UCUUCACCUUUUCAGAAAGCGUUCACAAGAGAACUCCUGCACUUUGCAGCACAGCAGACUCUGUAAGGAGCAAAAAGUUCCUGGGCUUGUGCUCUGCAGGUUUCACGGCACUCAGAAAGCCUCCCAGACAUGUUGCUCGCCUGCCUGGAGCUGCAGGGAACUAAGACUUGGUUGAUUUGUGAGUCAGCGUGUGCGACUGUGAAGGUAAAACAUGAGCUCUCUCCAUUAGCUGGCAUCCGAGAAGUUUGCUGCUUCCUGCAGGGAAGAUGCAGUUCACUCUGUUGUGCAGCUUUGGGUUUUGUUUUAAGGGGAGUUGACCUGUAUCUAGCUUAUACCCAAAUGAGCCCGUGCUAGGGAGGUGAUUGGCUAAUUGAGUCUGUGACUGACACUCAUAAAUGAGUGCACUAGGGGCAGCUCAGUGCUGAUUGGCUGGUGUGUGAGGCUCAGAAACCCUCUCCAACAAGAGCUCUGGCCAUUCUCAGUCCUGCUGCCUUCAGAGUAGGUGCUCCAGGCACAGCCACCAGGCGAGAGGCUGCUUCCUUUGCUCAGUCAUUCAGAGGCAAGUGAAGGAGGGCAGACCUCUGCCUUGCACUGGGUGGGAGGAUUUCCUUGCAGACCUCCAACCCAGGAGGGGAAAGGAAGCAGAAAGCUCCUGGAACUUGAUUUCAUUCAGCUUAAAGGAUGGGCAGAGUCCAGAGUCCAGGAGGCCCCAGCUGGAGCGGAGCUGGGGCUCUGCUGGCCUUGGCGGCCGGACUCUUUGCUUGCAGUCAUGCAAAUGAAUACGACUAUGUGAGUUUCCAGUCCGACAUAGGCUCUUACCAAAGUGGGCGAUUUUACACCAAACCCCCGCAGUGCGUGGCCAUCCCAGCGGACCUGCGCCUCUGCCACAGCGUGGGCUAUGACAAGAUGGUCCUGCCCAACCUGCUGGACCACGAGACCAUGGCCGAGGUGAAGCAGCAGGCCAGCAGCUGGGUGCCCUUGCUCAACAAGAACUGCCACAUUGGCACUCAGGUCUUCCUCUGCUCCCUGUUUGCCCCUGUGUGCCUGGACCGGCCCAUCUAUCCCUGCCGCUGGCUCUGCGAGGCCGUGCGUGACUCCUGCGAGCCCGUCAUGCAGUUCUUUGGCUUCUACUGGCCAGAAAUGCUCAAGUGUGACCAGUUUCCCCAGGACGAUGUCUGCAUUGCGAUGACCACUCCCAAUGCCACAGAGGCUUCCAAGCCCCAAGGAACGGCUGUGUGUCCCCCCUGCGACAACGAGAUGAAGUCAGACGCCAUCAUUGAACACCUGUGUGCCAGUGAAUUCGCUUUCAAGAUGAAAAUAAAGGAAGUGAAAAAGGAGAACGGGGACAAAAAGAUUGUUCCAAAGAAGAAGAAGCCCCUGAAAUUGGGAACAAUCAAGAGAAAAGACCUCAAGAAGCUAGUACUAUAUCUAAAGAAUGGAGCAGACUGCCCUUGCCACCAGCUGGACAACCUCAGCAACCACUUCCUGAUCAUGGGCCGCAAAGUGAAGACCCAGUACCUGCUGAUGGCCAUUCACAAGUGGGAUAAGAAAAACAAAGAGUUCAAAAAGUUCAUGAAGAAAAUGAAGACUCUGGAGUGUCCAACGUUUCAGUCGCUCUUCAAAUGAUCAGGUGGCUAGAGGGACUCCUGCUGGCCCAGAACUUGCACAGCCCUAGGACUCGGGGUUCAAAUGUUGCUCCUUCUGUAGUAGUGGAUGUUGUACCUGAGUCAGUUUUGUUUCUUUGUAUUUUUUUUUUUGAGCUUCCUUUAAAGCUCCACCCCCAGUAUCGGUAUUUCCCUGUAAGCGAAUGUUUGAAAGUGCAACACAUUCAUACAGAACAGUCACUGAGGUCACAAACUAUUUACACCUGUAAUGUCGGAAGUAACCUGUUGCUGUAAUGAUAUGCAAAUCUAUUUAAAUAAGGAACUUGUCAGAUAAAAAGAGCGAAGGCGGGGGGUGAUACUAGAUAAUCCUAUUGAAUUGGUCUAAAGUGAAAUAAUUCUGGGUAAAUUGAUUUUUCUUUAGCUCAGGGGUGUUUAUUCCCUGCAUGGAAUGUUUUCCGCAAUUCUUAGUGCAGGCCAAUUUUGUGAAGUACUGUUCGUGGGGAAAGGCCUUUUAAAGCUAAUGGGGUGGUGGAAUUAGGACAUGAAUGCUGCAGAAAAUCCCACCUUGUAAUCUUAGACCAGUAUUUGCAGUGUCAUCUUUGAUGCAAAACUAAUUCUAGAUAAAGACCUUUAUCAUUAGUUGCUUUUUAAAUUCUGCGGACUUGAAUACCAUAGAUUGAUGAGGACAUGGGGGAAGCAGGUGACAAACCUGGAGCCAUCAGGAAGUGGAACAUUAAGGAAAACACAGGCUCAGUCGGGACUAUAAGAUGUAGAGUUUAUAGCCAUAGAGGUUAUUUUAAAACAACAUACACUUAAGCUGUCUGCAAAGCACUGUGGGACAUGCGGGAAAGCCUGCCAGGUCCACACAAGGAUUAUUUCCAUUGGCAGAGCAGCAGGGACAGAAAAGAGAUUAGUUUUGCGUCAGAGAUGGGGAGAUGCUAAAGGGUUUUAAUGACAUGGGAAUUUUCCCAUGGUCCCUCUGGUUUUAUUGGCCUUCUCUCAUCACUGCCUCAGCCAUAGGAAUGUACUUUAUGCCUCUUGAUGGGCAAAAGCUGAUUGUUUUAAACAAAAUUCUGAUAUUUCAGCAGGAACCAUCAGCUCAAAUAGAAACUCAAUUCAUGUAGAUUUGAACUGACACUCGCCCCCCCCCCCCCCCCCGGGGACCUCUCAGAGUUAGACUGAUUUCUACAAAGUUGAUCUUGAGCCAAAAAGUCCAAGUUCAGACAAUUGGGGCCACAGAACUGAGCAGUAUGUCACUUUUUUCAGUGUUCGAGUACAUUGCAUGAAACAAAAUAUCUGAUCCUUUAAAAUGUUUAGCAGUGUCAAUUAGUUUCCUACACAAAUCCUGUAAGGAAGCCAGUUUAGAAGGAUAAUGCGUUCUUUGCAUUUCUUUCUCCCUCUGUAACUGUUGUGUUCAGGAUGUUAAUUACCUGGUAAAAGUCAGGUCAGUUACACAGUAAGGACCAGCUCUAGCAGACAUUUGUGCCAUUUUGCAGGACCAGGGCGUAAAGAAGUAUCUGAUUCCAGAACAUGGUUGGUUGGCACAAGGUAGGGGUUCUGAAGUCAGUCAGACUGUAUGUCCUGGUUACUGGGAUGGUAUUGCUCUGGGACAGGAGGACUGAGAAAAGUAUCAGCUAUCAAAGUUACACUGUGGAAAAGCAAUUUGUUACUGUAGUUACCUAUUGAAGACCUAGCAUAACUGUAUGCUUCUAGGUACUGAAUCAGUUUGUUUACCAGCUCUCUGAUCUUAUAUUCUAGUCCUUUGAAAAGAGGAUGAGCUAGAUCCUUUUAUCAGAUUUGUGUGUAAUAUUUCAGUCAAGGUUUUUUGGACAUUUUUAUGUAGCUGGAUAGUAAUUUUACUUUCCCCUUUGCCAAACGGUGAACUGUCAGCGAUUCUGAGACUGUAUGGAUCUAGCUUUUAGAUUUGAUUGGUCGUCAAUCAGACUUUUUAGUUCUGUUUUAUGCAUGUGCAGUUUUUGAUAAAAUUAACAGCACCCAAGAAAAUGAGUCCGAUGUAACAUCAGGUUCUUUGUGAGCAGUUAAAGUAUCUUUACAUUUUGUCUUAAUGUAACUGUUUAGAGCGUUAAUUUAGGGAAGUGUGGCAGACUGGGGAAGGGGGAGGGCUUGUUUUUUGUUUGUAAAUAGAGAUUUUGAGAGAGGAAGUGAAAUGUUAAAAGGUUAGUAACAGUUGGAACCGAAAAGAGCUACCUUCUAAGGGCUGUAAAAAUGAACGCAAGGCUUUCGUGUUGUUCCCGAAGGUGACCUGAUUUUUCUGCUUCUACAAACAUUAUUACACCUUUCAAAAAACAAAAAAA